AAUUUAUAAAUAAUUAAUUAAUAUUCGUUGAUUUUUAUAAAUAUUUUUUUUACAGAAUCAACUUUUAUGGGUAAAUAUAGUUCAUCUAGAAGCAGGUCGAGCUCAAAAGGCAAAAGCAAAAAAGAUGCCAAUUCUUAUACAAAUAACUCUAAAAAGUAAUAUGAAUAGCAUUAUAGAAGAAAAAGUUAGAGUAGAAGUAAAAGUAGAGAAAGAAAUGAUAGAAGAGAUAAAUAAAAUUAAAAAAACCAUAAAGAAAGAAAAUAUUCAAGUCAAAGUAGAAGUAGUAGCAGAGGUAGCAGCAAAGAGAAACCUUUAAGACAUUAUUCUAGAAGAGAAAGAUCAAGUAGCAGGGAAAAUGAUAGGAGAAAAGGUUAUGGAUAAAAUCAAGGAGGCAAAUAGAAACUAAGCAGAGAAGAAUUAUUGGCAAAAAGAAUCUAAUAAAGAUAAAAUUUAUAAUUAAGAAAGAGUAUAUGGGAUUAUAGCACGGAUGAAGAAGAUUACUAGAAAGAAAUUCAAUAAUUUUACCAAAGAAUGGAAAAUGAUAAAUUAAAGAUUGAAGAAGAAAAUAAGAUGAAAGAGGAAACCAAAAGAUUAAAAAAGCUAAGAAGAUUGCAAAAAUCUUAAAAUGGAGACUACUUAGACGAAAGAGAUGAUGACAGUGAUAAUGAAGAUUCAAUUAGCAGUAAAUCUAGUAAUUUAGGAUCUGAUUUUUCAGAUUCAAGUAUAUCAUCUAAUUCAGAUUCUGAUAGCGAUGAAAGCUUAAAUUCAGAUAGUUCUAAUGAUGAUAAGAAAAGAUCAUCAAGGAAAAAAGCUUCAAAAAAAUCAAGCAAAAGCAAUAAAAAAGACAAAAAAGAUAAAAAAUAAAAAGAUAAAUCUAAGAAAGGAUCAAAAGUAAUCAAUUAGAAAAGUGAAGAAGAUGAGUCUGAGUUCGAAUCAGACAACUCAUUUGCUAGACUUUGUAGAGAAAAAGUAAAUGGGCCAGAUAAAAAAAAGAAGAUGUAAAAUAAAUUGAAGAAUACAAGCAAAUAACCAGAAAAAGCGAAAAAAACAGAAGAAACUUAGCAAGAUAAAGCAGAAGUAGAAAAAGAAGAAUCAAAUUCAGAUGAUAGUGAUGAUAUGGAUGAAGAAAUAAAACUUGACGAUUAAAAUAAACCUAUUAUGUCUUAUCUUCCAAUAGGCCCUUAGCCAUUAGUCUUGAAUGAAGGUAAAAAAGAUAACUACAAUGGUUUAUUACCAGGUGAAGGUGAGGCUAUUGCAUAGUAUUAUGAUGAAGGUAAGCGUAUCCCUCGUAGAGGUGAAGUCGGUUUAACAUCUGACUAAAUUUAAAAGUAUGAAGAUCUUGGUUAUGUAAUGAGUGGUUCAAGACACAAAAGAAUGAAUGCUGUUCGUAAAAUGAAAGAAGCUAAAGUUAUUAGUUAACAAGAGAAAAAAGCUAUGGCCAUUUAUAAUUAUCAAUAAAAAAAUAAAUAAGAAAAGAAGCUAGAUAUUUAUUUCAAAUAAAUGCUAGAAGAAAAGAUUAAAUCUACAAAAUAAAAUACAGAGUAAACUAAUUGA